AUGGCUUUUUAUGGCCAUGAUGAAUCCUCUACUUCUCUAAAUAAGUGCAAUUUUAGAGAGAUGGUAUAUUUGGUAAAAGCUAAGAAUGAACAAGUGAGCGAUACUUUUGACCAUGGUGGAAAAAAUUUCACAAUGACUUCCAGUGACAUCCAAAAGGAGCUUGCAACAUGUUGUGCACAUGAAGUUACCAAGGUGAUUAUGGAAGAUCUUGGUGAUAGACAAUUCUCCGUACUUAUUGAUAAGUCACGUGAUAUAUCUUUGAAAGAGUUUGUGAACGACAAAGGGCAUGUUGUGGAACGAUUUAUUGCUCUACAUCAUGUCAAAGAUACUACACCUAAGGUAUUAAAGGAUGCUCUUUAUGGUAUUCUUGAUAAGUACAUGUUAUAUAUUUUAAGAUUACAAUGGCAAGGAUAUGAUGGAGCUUCAAAUAUGAGAGGUGAAUUUAAUGGUUUGCAAGGAAAGAUUCUAGAUGAAAACCCUUAUGCUUUCUAUAUCCAUUGUUAUGAUCACUGUUUGCAAUUGGUUGUUGUGUCAGUUACUAGUAAUUGCUCAUCUAUUCAUGAUUUCUUUGAGUACAUCUCCUUGAUUGUGACCACAACAAGUGCAUCUUGUAAGAGGAGGGAUGCUUUGACGAAGGCACAACACCAAGAUAUUUUAAAUAAACUUGAGAGGGGUGAGAUAUCUAAAGGAAAGGGAUCGCAUCAAUCAUCUCAUCUCACUAGACUCGGAGAUACUAGAUGGGGUUCACAUCAUACUACAUUACUUCGUUUGGAUCAAAUGUGGUCAUCUGUGUUAAAGUUGUUUGGUAUCACAAACGAGCUUUCAAAUGUCUUACAAAGAAAAUAUCUUAAUAAUGUGAAAGCCAUGGACUUAGUUGAUGUUGUCAAAGCUCGGUUGGCCACAAUGAGAGAGUGGUUGGGAUAA